AUGAAACGAGGUGCGUGGGUAGACAGUGGACCAAUGGGACUCUCACAUGAUUAUGGUACGUUGCCCAAUGAGAUAAACACAAAAAACAUAAAUGAAUCAUUAAUCACAAAAUCGCCAUCGACGCAAUCUGAAAAAUUGAGGGUAGAACGACAUAAACAAACAGAAAAUAAACUAAACGACCGGCAACGGCUGUCGGUGGAAAGGCCUCAGGCAAGCGCAUUUGCAGGUUGCAGUGAGGAAGGAGUAAGGCCAAUAGUAAAUCAGGAGGCGUACACUCAACCGGACCGGCGCAUGUGGAACCCUGGAAAUAAGCCAGUUCCCCAGGAGUUCAUCGAUGUCCUUCUCGACGAAGAAGAACUGGAUAUCGAUGAAGACCAUGGGGAACUGGUAGAAGAAUAUGAUGCAGAGGAGAUACUUAACAUGCCGGUGUGCAUUGCGGAACCCGAUGGGUCUCUCUUCUACAUACCAGAAGAAGUGCAUGUACUUAAUAUUCCUGUGGAUACGGAGAGAGCCGGUGGGUCUCCGCAAUGCCCAACAGUAGAGAUGUCUGGAGAAGUACAUGUACUUGAUGUGCCUGCUCCAGAGCCUGCUCCAGAGGUGCCUGGAGAAGUGCAUGUACUUGUUAAAAGUAUAAGGAUGAUACCAAAAAAUAAAAGAAAUAGAGAAUAUGAUUUGGAGAUAGCUGAGGAAACUGUUGACCUGAAAAGUGAAAUUGAUGUUAAAAUUUCAGGAACUGAUAAUAGAAAUAUUUUUGACGAUGGUCUAUCUCAAAAGCUAACAGCUGCAGAAAUAGUUGAUCUUAAAAGUGAUGCAAAUAAGGCUUCAUAUAUUGUAGAAACUCUUAUAAGUAAUUCAAACACAUUUCAUAAUAAAACAGAAUUCUCACAGGACAAGUAUUUAAGGAAGAAAGAAAAAAAAUAUUUUGAAUAUAUACAAAUACUUCGACCUAACUUGAGAAUGAUCAGUGAAAUAUUGUACAAGCUAGACCCCAGCAAAAUUCAAGGUUUGAGGACUGACACAUUAUCUCAAAUUAUGACUUUGUGCAAUAUUAAUUCUGAAGGUAUUCAUUUAUUGUAUGACUCUGGUUCGAAUGGCUUGUUAGCUGCAGCAUUAUUAAGUGCCAUUGGAGAGCUCAGUGGAGGUAAAUUGAUUCAUAUGCAUCCUGGUAAUAUGUCACAAAAGUUGGCACUAAUGGCUAUGAACUUUGGUGCUGAACAAUUAGAUAGAUGUAUUUCAGUUAAUGUAUAUUCUGCUUUACGACAGUACUACCAGGGAUGUGAUACUAAUUCGAAUGGAAAUUUGUCUGUAUUAGAGAAUAGUAAAGAAAAUGAAUUAAAAAGAAAAGCAGAUGAUAUUAUUGGUCAUAAAAACAAAAUUGCCAAAAUAGAGACUUUGGCUGAUGGUGAAAAUAAUAUUGUCAGUCCAACAGAUUCCCAUAAAAUUGACCAAAGUGAACCAAAAAAACCAAAAUGGCACUAUUUAAAUAUAAAUGCAUCUCAACUUCUAUCUGAAAAAGUUGAUUCUUUAGUUAUUGCUAGCAAAGAAGAUCCUCAAAACAUUUUUAAUGAAUUAUCAGCUUUUGUCAAGCCUGGAAGACCUUUUGUUGUGUAUUAUAAUGUCGCAGAGCCCUUGCAGCAGUUGUACAUGACUUUAAAAUCCCAGAAUAAUAUUGCUGCCUUGAGAUUAACUUGGAAUUGGAUGAGGAAUUAUCAGAUUCUGCCAGAAAGAACACACCCAGAAGUAAUGAUGAACGGUUCAGGAGGCUUUCUGUUAAGUGGUUAUAUACUUAAAUAA